UCGGCGCGGUGGCUGCUGGGUGCUGCGCGCCUUUCCCCUCUCGCUCCCCCUCCCAGGCCGCGUCUCCUCCCCCUCGGCUCGUCUGCUCCCUGGCGUGACUCGGCACUCAGAGCUCCGGCAGGACACGUCGUGGUCGCCGCUCCGGUCCAGGCCCCGGCCUCCCGCAGCCUCCCUCGGGCCUCCCUCGGGCUUUCUUCUUAAGUUUUGAAGCCGGAAGCGUCGCGGCCGCGCUGCCGGGUUCUCUGUGAGGAUGGUGGGAGUGAAGCCGGUCGGGAGCGAUCCAGAUUUCCAGCCGGAGCUGAGUGGGGCGGGCUCCAGACUGGCUGUGGUCAAGUUCACCAUGAGAGGGUGUGGACCGUGUUUGAGGAUUGCUCCAGCAUUCAGUUCUAUGAGUAAUAAAUAUCCACAGGCAGUUUUCUUGGAAGUAGAUGUACAUCAGUGCCAGGGAACAGCUGCCACCAACAAUAUAUCAGCAACACCUACAUUUUUGUUUUUUCGAAACAAAGUGAGAAUUGAUCAGUAUCAAGGAGCAGAUGCUGUGGGACUAGAAGAGAAAAUCAAGCAGCAUCUAGAAAAUGAUCCUGGAAGCAAUGAGGACACAGACAUUCCGAAGGGCUACAUGGAUUUAAUGCCUUUUAUUAACAAAGCUGGUUGUGAAUGUCUUAAUGAAAGUGAUGAACAUGGCUUUGACAACUGUUUACGAAAAGACAUGUCCUUCUUGGAAUCUGACUGUGAUGAGCAGCUACUUAUUACCGUGGCAUUCAAUCAACCUGUUAAGCUUUAUUCCAUGAAAUUUCAAGGACCAGAUAAUGGUCAGGGUCCUAAAUAUGUAAAAAUUUUUAUCAACCUACCCCGGUCUAUGGACUUUGAGGAGGCAGAAAGGAGUGAGCCAACUCAAGCUCUGGAGCUGACAGAAGAUGACAUUAAAGAAGACGGCAUUGUUCCUCUUCGUUAUGUUAAAUUUCAGAAUGUUAACAGUGUAACUUUAUUUGUUCAGUCUAAUCAAGGUGAAGAAGAGACAACGAGAAUUUCAUAUUUUACUUUCAUUGGUACUCCAGUCCAGGCAACAAAUAUGAAUGACUUCAAACGAGUAGUUGGCAAAAAAGGAGAAAGCCAUUAAAGUUACAAAAGACACUGGAAGACUUACUGCAGUCAGAUUUGCAGCUCCUGGAUAAUUGCUUGAUUCUCUUCGGAAACUGUUCAUCUUCAUUUGUUGCCAUUACCAGUAAAUCAUUGCUUUUAUUCAGAUGGCAUCACUAGUGUUUCUGUUGUAAUCUUGAUACAUGCAGUUGUAAAUAAAAGUCACUACUUUUGUCAAGCUUACAUUUUGUCAUUCUAUAUAAAUGCAUUCUCUCUCUCUUUUUUAUUUGAAUAUUGACUAACUUUUUGUUUUAGAAGAGCUCUUUCUGGAAUCACAUUGGCUUAAAGCUAGUCUGUCUCUAGAGGAACAGAAUGUUAGUGUUUUGAUACAUGGAUUUGAAAUAGCUAACCAUGUUCGAGUAAGUACUGACUUGUAUUUUAUCAAAAGACAUUUGGGUAUCUAGGCUUUAUAAAUUUACUCAAAUUAUAAGCAGCCAGUAAUCUUAUCUGUUACUGGUAGUUAACAGGCCUGCAAAUUUUUUGUUUUUCAGGAAGAGUCUUGAUAGGUAGCAUAGGCUAGCCUCACCAUUGCUGUCCUGUGCCUGCCUCGCAUAUGCUGGGAUCGUAGGCAUGGACCACCAAACCUGGUCUCAUGUCAAGAUUUUAACUCUUUUUGUAUAAACCUAAAAAUUAGAGUCAGCUAUUUUCUUUAAUAAUUAAGGUAUACUGAAUUCAGACAGUUGGCAAAAUAUAAUAGAAUAAAUUUAUGGAAAAUUGGAAUUAGUAUCUAAUAUUUAUUACCUCAAUUCACCAAACAUUCACUAUAAAUGUAUAGACAAAGAACAUGAUUUAAGAUUGAAAAUGAGUUGUUCCAACUAUUUUAUUUGAAGAUCUUUUGCAAAAGACUGGCUAAACAAAAUAUUUGUUCUUACGGAUUUUUUUUAAACACUUAAAAUUGGAUCUUCAGCUAAAAUAUUGGUAGAUUUAAUGUUUUAAAUGUUUAUUUUAUGUGUAUAAAAUGUGUUUGGCCUCCAUGUAUUUAUAUUCAUUUAUAUGUAUUGCCCACCUGAGGCUGGAAGAGCAUCAGAACCCCAAGAACAGGAGUGACAGCUGCUUGAGAACUGCCGUGUAGGUGAUGGGAACUGAACCCAGGUCUCUACAAGGCUGCUACUCCAGCCCUAUACAUUUAGUUUUUAAUUCAGUGUUUUGAAAGCAUAUAUAAGAUUAUAGCUUGUAAUUCAGUUAAUGUAUUUGAGGACAUUCUUAUCUAGAAAUAGUGCUGAGAUCUGCCCUUUUGAUGCUAAUGAAAAAACUAUGGAAGUUUAGUGUUGAAGUAGUCCUCUUUGAAACUUGUGUCAUUAAGUAAUUAAUUGUGUUCAGUUCAUUUGUAUGUGAGCACAGUAACUGGUCUGUGGUGAUUGAUGUCUGUAUUUUAUGUAUUUCACAGUUUUGUUCACUUAGAUCAAAAGGAAGACAAAAAAUAAAGGUUUAUAAUACUUGUAGUGCAAA